GUGCAGCAAAGCAUGAAUAAAGACACAGAUUGGCAGUACCCCAAAGGCUACUUAUUCACCCGGUAAUUCGACAUCUCUCUUUCUCCCUAAUAAGGGAAAAAGAGGUUCUCCAUUUCACAGCGAGAGGGGAGACAUAAGAAAACAACUUGCUGAUUUAUAAUGUUAAAAGUCUGUUGCGUCGCUUUUUCUGAGCUUUGUGCCCAAAGAACUCGUGUUUCCAUCUCGAUCUUCCAUGUACUCCCAUGAGACAUCAAGCGGCAGCACUGCCCUCAAAUCCGCCCACCUCCAGAGCCACUAAAAUCCAGCUCCCUGAAGGUGCACUGGUCUUCCAGGUUGUGUCCUUGGCAUGUCAAAAAGCAGCCAGUCAUGAGGCCCUGAGAGUGGGUCCCAUUUCCAAAAAGACCCUAAGUCAGCGUGUAACUCCAAGUCAGACCACAAGACAUAGGCACAGAAUUAGGCCAUUCAGCCCAUUAAGUCUGUUCUGCCAUUCCAUCACAGCUGAUCCCACAUCCCAUUCAACCCCAUACACCUGGCUUCUUGCAUUAUCCGUUGAUGCCCUGACCAAUCAAGAAACUAUCAACUUCCACCUUAAAUAUACGCCUGGACUUGGCCUCCACCGCACUGGGGCAGAGCACUCUGGCUAAAAAAAUUUCUCCUUACCUCUGUUCUUAAAGAUUGCUCCUCAGUUUUGAGGCUGUGCCCUCAAGUCCUAGAUACCUCCACCAUAGGAAACAUCCUCUCCACAUCCACCUUAUCUAAUCCUUUCAACAUUCAGUAGGUUUCAAUGAGAUCCCCUGCACACUUAUCAAUUCCAGUGAGUACAGGCCCAAAGCUGCCAAAUGCUCCUCAUAUGCUAACCCCCUUCAUUCCCAGAUUCAUCCUCAUGAACCUGCUCUGGACUGCCUCCAAUGACAAUACAUCCUUUCUGAAAUAUGGGGCCCAAAACUGUUAACAAUACUCAAAGUGCAGCCUGACUAGUGUCUUAUAAAGGAUCAGCAUUAUCUCCUCGUUUUAUAUUCUAUUCCCCUUGAAAUAAAUGCCAACAUUGCAUUUGCCUUCUUUGUCACAGACUCAACCUGUGAAUUAACCUUCUGGGAGUCUUACGUGAGGACUCCUAAGUUCCUCUGCACCUCUGAUGUUUGAACCUUCUCCCCAUUUAGAUAAUAGUCUCCACUAUUGUUCCUUUUACCAAAAUGCAUUAUCAUAUAUUUCCAAACAGAGAGAAGAUCAAAGAGCCUUCCAAAUCCAUGUGAAUUUGCUGCAUAAGAAAAGUACGAGUAGACCAAGCCUAUAUUCAUCAGAUUUUUAUUAGGAUGAAUGGAAAACUUACUGAAACAUUCAAAAUUCUUACAGGCCUUCUCAGGUUGUAUGUAAUAAGGAUAUUUGUUCCUUACAUCCUCAGGCAGUAGUGGUGAGUCUCAGAUUAAAGAGCUGUCAAUUUGGGACUGAGAUGAAAACAUUUCUUUACAACCUGGAGGGUGAAGAAACCCUGGAAGCUACGUUGGUUUGAUUACUGAGUUCACUGAAAACAGAGAUUGGUAGAAAUGAGCUGCUGUAGAUUGGCCACGCUCUUGCUAAAUAGAAGAGAAAGCUCAAACGCCUCGAUGCCUACUCACGAUCUUUGAUUCAGAAUCACACCAAGUAGUGCUCUGCUGUAUAAUUUUAUUUCUUUCUGUUCCUCUAGUUACUAUCAUGACCUGGCAUUGCAGGAGUGUUUUCCAGCCAAUUAAGUAAUGUCUUUUUUCUGAAACACAGCAGCAAAUUGGUACAUGUAAAGAUCCCAUGCCAGCUGAAAUCUGAUCCUUGGUUUAACAUCUCAUCCCUGUGACAUUUUUAACAGUGCAGUUAGUGGUCAUACCAAGGUAUACUAAUGUCAUCUAAAAGAAGCUAGUAACUCAAGUGGCUGGUUUUAAAAGUCAGAACUUAUAUAAUAAUCAAAUAUACAACCCAGUCAAAUUGAAAGGUACUUAAUAUAAACCAGAAAAGGCCUUUUUCAAAACAAAACCAAAGACUAACAAGAAACAGUGCACAAUCUACUAUUACAUUGACCACCAGCACAAGGUCACGAAUUUCUGGACAGUGAUCAGUAAAGCUGCACUCUGACAGAUCUUUCUGUCUUCUCCAAUCCAGAAGCUUGAAGACCAUUUGUACCACCUCCUUAAUCACAAGAUACUUAUCUUCUAGAUAAUUUAGUUUUGGAUUGAGGAACGAUCUGCAACCAAUUUCUAGCAUCUGCUCUGCACAGGACCACAUGAAACUACAAAGCCAUGUGGACACAGCUCAGCACAUCACAUCACAUGAACCAGGCUCCCCUCUGUGGACAUGGUCUAUACUUCUCUUCUCCUCAGUAGAGCAGCCAACAUAAUCAAAGAACCCACCCACCUAGCAGAAUUUCUCUUCUCCUCUCUCCCAUAAAGCAGAAGAUUGAAAAGCCUGAAUGCACAUACUACCAGGCUCAUGGACAGCUUCAGUCUCACUGUUAUCAAACUCUUGAUCAGACCUUUCAUACAAUGACUGUUGGCCUCACAAUCUAUCUAGCUAUGAUCUCGCUCUUUAUUAUUUACCCACCUUAUGGAAUGGAAUAGGUUAGAAUCCAUUGAAAUACAAAAGGAUAUGGCUGAAAUGGACCUGGUAUACUAAUAUCAACAAUAACCUGUACUUGUGUCGUUCUAUCAAAAUAUAAAAAUAGAUGUUUGGAAAAUAUGCAAUUAAAAACCUGAACUUUAUAAUACAAAGUGUGAUUGCAUUGGGAAUGGAUUGUGCAAAUAGUGGAAAUAAAAACAUAGAAUAAUUUAAGAUUUUAUCAGAUGCAGCAAUCAUGGCUGUGAAGGCCUGAAUUAAGUGGAUGAAUUAAGAUCGCUUAAUUGAUCAUGAUCUUCAUGCUGGUACAUUGCAAGGAGAAAGACCAGAUUUCCUCUUGACCUUGCUUCAGUUAUUUUCAAGCUAAAGCUGGAAUGACCAGAACUCUCCAAAGUAUAAUUCAUUUAUUGUUUUGAAUCUUCUGACUGGAACCUGUAAGAUCCAACUAGACAAAGCCAACAAUAGCCCUUGCAGCCAGCACAGUAACCCACUGGUUUUACCAUUGUUGAAGAUGGUAAUUUAAAAUAUAUCACUCUGACCUCAAGAAGGGGGACUUCUUUAAAUAGCUUUAAAUACUAGAAAAUCUAUAUGGACACAACAGGGAAACCUAUCAUUACACCUACAAUAACACUAAAGAAAUAAAAAAAAUGCCUUUGAUGAAAGAAAUUAAUCAUGGUUUACUUUGGUGAAGGGAGAGGUUAGGAACACGGCAUCGGGAGGGGUUCUUUGCAGCUUUAAGAGUGAGGGUGGGUGGUUUGGGGUGGGCAUUAGAGACCCUCACAGUGGGAUUGGGUAGAAAAAGGAGAUAAUUGUCAUUUAGGAGGCGAGGCUAGUUCAUUUCAGUGGUUUCCUGCAUUUGGCUGUGAAAGGGAGUAUGAAGCUGAGGAAGCAGGACCCUGAGACUCGGAGGGAGGGCACAAGACCGCUUUAAGAGGGGGGAGGGCCUGGUGGAACCAGGAAGGGAGUGAGUUACAUACGGGCCAUUGGCAGAUAGUAACAGAGAGAGGGAGGGAGUGAGUGUGGGUGACACAUCCAACCUGGGCCUGAACACAACCGGACUCGAGACCACCAGGUACCUGCUCAACCUUCGCUUCUACUUUCCCCCAACCGCCUGAACGCCUCGGACCCGAGACUUUUGUCCAUGAAGAUGGCCAAUGGAGUAGAUGGCCCUAUAGGUAUCCCAUUCCCAGAUCACAGCAGUGAGAUUCUCAGUAGUCUUAAUGAGCAGAGGAACUAUGGUUAUCUCUGUGAUGUUAUUAUCAUAGUGGAUGGUCAGGAAUUUCGGACCCAUCGAUCUGUCCUGGCAGCCUGCAGUCAAUACUUCAAGAAACUCUUCACACUGGGGGCCAUUGUGGACCAACAGAAUGUUUACGAAAUAGACUUUGUCUCGGCAGAAGCGCUGUCUGCACUCUUGGAAUUUGCAUAUACGGCAACCCUAACUAUAAGCACUUCGAAUGUAAAUGAGAUUUUAAAUGCGGCAAGACUACUGGAGAUCCAAUGUGUGAGCAACGUUUGCCAUGAUCUCCUUGUAUCGAAUGCCCUGACCAAUAAGGAGAUGGCAGAUUACGUAGAUCAAAUUGAUCAGAAAAACCUCCUACGAGCAAAAGAAUAUCUAGAGUACUUCCAAUCCAGCCCGGCAAAUGGACACGUCGACAGCCAGUGGACAGGUCCUGAAAUAAAAGACCUUCCAAGAGUGCACUUUAAAAAUGGAGUUAGCGAGGAGCUGGCACCAAAGGCAGAAGGGGCUUAUGCGGAAAUGAUGAAAAGUGAGCAGCCGACAGAAACGGUGGAGAAGCCCGUGGUGUGGCUCAAGAGAGAAGAUGUAACUGGCCCUUCCUUCUCCCCUUCGCAAAAUGGAGAUUACGGUGACUUCCGCCUGCCUGAGGAAGAAGGACUUCUGGAACACCAACCUAUGCAUCCAAACUUCACCCCAGGUGAAGAGGUAAAACCAGAGCUAACCAAGGAAGACGAUGAUACCCUUUCUUCUAGAGCCUUCCUCGAACAGAUCAUAAACUCAGUGGAUGAGACUUACGACACCAAGAACUUGGCAAAAGAAGAGAAUGAUCUUGAAUCAUACUUGAAUUUUUUCAACCCUUCCCUCGAGGUUGAAGGCUACUCCUCCUGGUCUAAAAAAGGCGAGAAGAAAGUGAGAGCAAAGGCAUUCCAGAAGUGUCCAAUCUGUGAGAAGGUGAUUCAGGGAGCUGGAAAACUGCCACGUCACAUCCGGACUCACACGGGAGAGAAACCCUACGAGUGUAACAUUUGCAGUGUCCGAUUUACAAGACAGGACAAGUUGAAAGUUCAUAUGAGGAAGCACACAGGAGAGAAACCCUACUUGUGUAUCGAGUGCGGAGCUGCGUUUGCACACAACUACGACCUGAAGAAUCACAUGCGCGUUCACACAGGUCUUCGCCCGUACCAGUGCGACGCCUGCUUCAAGACCUUCGUCCGCUCAGACCACCUGCACAGGCACCUUAAAAAGGAGGGCUGCAACGGCACCCCCUCCACAAGAGGGCGCAAGCCUCGGGUGAGGGACACCAGUGGCCUUGUGUCCGAGGGAUCAACCGAUCCUGUCAGUGGAGAGGGCAUCGUGGAAGAGGCUGCCAACACAAGCAUGGAGUUGGAAGAAGACAGCAACCCGCAGCACUUUGAAAAUCAAUCUGAAGAAAAUUAUUCCAAGCUUUUGGAGAAUGAAGAGUCUGAGAGGCUGAAUGUAAAUGAGGAUUUAAUUGCAGAAAGCAAAAACCAAUUGUGUGAAAGCUAAACCAAAUUAUGGUAACAGGAAGGUGGGUGGGAUGGGCAGGGUAAAGGGGCACAAAUCUUCUUCUAUUAGUAGUUCCUCAUCCUUUUUAAACAAAAAUGGGCGAGAAGGAUUUUUUUUACUUUAUUUCAGAAAUAGCUUAGUAGUACAGUGCUAGACCUCUUGUUUUACAGUUUAGACAAAGGAAAUCACUGCUAGAAUCUUAAAUAGGAGUUGAUCUAUGCUACACUCAUCAAGCACUGGUUACUUCUGAGUAUUGAUCCUUGGUACAAAGUGAGAUGAUUGCUAUCAGUGCAGAUUCUGCUAAUUGAUAAAUGUAUCAGCGACCAAGGCUAGUACAGGUACUUAUCCCAACAAAGCCACAGGAUCCCAGUAUUAGCAUUGGUCAACUUCUAAUAUUAAUCAACUAGAAAAUAACAUUAAAUUAUGAUUUUUUAAAAAUUCAUAGUUUGGUUUAAGUAACUUUUUUAGUGUUCAAGUUUAUGACUAUACAGUACAAACACAGGACAGGAACAGCAGUAAUGAGAUCAAUUAUGGUAAAAUAAGUUUCAUAAGAGUUUUUAAAAGAAAAUCUAGCUUUUUGUUUCAGAAGUCAGGUUCCAAGUCAUUUUAUUUUUUAAAAACAAACCUUUUUGCUAAUUUUGCAAACUGGUUUGGAAUCUAAGAAUUUAGUUGUUUUUAAAAGAGCGUUUACUGAAUGUAUGGUAUGUGUGACAAUAGUGAAUUUGAAAGGAUUCGGGAGUGAGAUGGUGUGGGAAGGGCUGAUACCUUUUCAGGUUAGCAAUAAAUUUGGAAGGCCUAGCACUUUUAUAUAGAGGGUUCAAUCAGUUUAUUGAUCUGGACCCUUUGUAAAAAUGUUUACAAGUGAUAUCCCUAAUCAAUCAAAUAUGGAGAAAGGGAAAGGGUGAGAAAACUACUAAUUCUAUUUUGUAACAUAAUAAUUAUAUAGACCCUCUAAGCUCAUUGCACUUAUAGCCAAGAGCUUAAUUUGGGCUGGGUCAUACAAAGCCCUUGCCCAGUGUUGAUCAGUUUGGUCCAUAUGAGAAAGGGGUAAAAAUAAUGAAAUUGCAAAGUAAUUUUAAGAAAUUAGGUUUUAUUUAAUUUUAAGGCAGAAAUUGUAAAUUAUUUUAUUGUAGCUAUUCUCUCUUGAAAAUCAUGAGAACUGAGAAAUCUUAGAGGCCUAAAGUGUUAUGAAAAAAAUAUUUUAUCCCAGUUAAUCAAGAAUAUUUAUCAGGAAUUUGUUUUCAAGUAAUUAAAUUUAGCCAUACAGCUCUCUUGCAUGGAUUGACAUCCCAUGAAUAAUUUUAGCUUUGUCAGACUGUAUCCAGCCAAACAAAAUGUGAAGACUAUUGCUGAAAGUUGAUAAUGAAUCUCCUAGAUGAAAAAUAUUUCUAUAAUGAUGCCUCCACUUCUCAUAAAAUAAUUUAUUACCAAGUACAAGCGUGAGGCAGGCAAUACACUCCAAAGUAUUCAUAUCAUUCUAUCACGGUUAGCUUGGGAGAGUUUACUGACCCUUUAAAGCAGAGUUUUAAAGAUAGGUGGACAUUUGAAAGAGAAGAGUUCUAACAACAUUUUUUAGAAUGUAUAUUCUAAUUAAACCCUCAUCAUUCAAGAAUAGAUUUGGAGUUUAUUAUUGAUGACAAAAUCUCCCAAUUUCUAUUGAGUAAUUAACUGAAUAACCAGCUCCUCCAGAACUGCCUGGUAACUCGAUUGGUUAGCUGUAGCACAAAAUCCUCUCCAGCUGGGCUUCUUCCCUGCAACCAUAUCUAGCCUCAUACGGAGAACUGAAGCAACAUUGGGUGAAUUGUUCUGGCUACCAAGUCCUGGUGUGGGUUUGUAAAUAAUAUGUAUUUCACUUAAUGAGAUUUUAUUUAAUGGAUUGACCUUUUACUUUUUGAUAGUGAAUUUAUGGGGCAAGUUGUGUAUUUCAGCACUGUAUGAAAAGGAGCAGGUGUGGGAGCUUUGAGGGAAUUGAGUGUUAGACACCACUACAGGCAACCUUUUACCACAUUCCUUCUUUUUGCACUAAAACAGACUUCAGCAUGCAGUAGCAGGCACGGCUAGCUGCAGAAAACACCUUCAGCAUGCAUUUCUAGUCGACAAAUAGUCAGCAAGGUCAAAAUACCAACAGUCAAAGCCCAAUUUUAUGUUGUGCUUGGAGCGUUUUGUCAUUUUCAUACAAGCCAUAGACAGUGGCGAAGGUGCUGUCUCUGGAGGUGUAUGAAAGUGUUUGAACAAGGUGUGUGUAAUGAAAAGGGUUGGUGGCUCUCUUUUUGCUUAAAUCUUUGUUCUGAAAUAUACAGUAGUUUCUCUUUUUAGAGAAACUAUUUUAGAAUUGUUUAAACAAGAUGCAUGUUUUAUGCAGUAAUGUGGUAUAUUUGAGAGUGUUCAAAUGAAAAGGCUCGUAAUGUAAUUGUAAACUUCUUAUCCCAAUGACAAAUGUGAUGAAGUGUCAUAAAUAUUAGAGUAACAUUGUACUUGGAAUCCUCAUGAAACACAGCAUCAGUUAGUUGUGGUCUCGAAAACGUCUGGACCAUUUAACUGGACUUACUGAGCAACCUUCCUUUAUGUGCCAGGUUCACAGGCAUAUCCUUUGCAAAUAUUUGUGCCCUUGGCAAUGAUAGAUUUUUAAUGAGCAGAAUAAUUAGUGGAUAGCCAUAUAAAUGUGGGCAAUCAGAUAUAUAUGUACAUAUAUAAUAUAUUGAAAAAUCUCCCUUUCUCCUUCCCCUGACCUAAUCACCCAGUCUCUAUCCCUGUGGAGCUUUGUCAAGUCACUGGAUUAUUAUAAACUGUUCUGCCUGCUUUUCUGUUCUGGUAAUAUGUUGUAUUUGAUCUUGUUUUAAUUAUGCCUUCCUGUCAUAAUCACCCCCUUGAUGCAUUUAAUCUACUGAAACCAUACACUAAAUCGUUGCUUGAACAUUUUUUCAAUAGCUAAAGGAAAUUGGAAGUUGGGUUUCAGGUACUGUUGGAUAGAUUUUGUUUGCUCUUCUGUGCCCUGAAGGAGGUCGACAUUUACAAGCUUCUAGCUGCUGUUUCGCUUCUUUUUCCUUGAAUGAACUCGUGUUUGCCCCCUCCGCCACUCAGCCUGCACUGUGUGAGGUGACCGAUUCAGGGUGGUUUGAGGGAGAGUCCCUGAUGUCAGUUAGAAGUACCUUUCACGAGUUGGAACCUGUGUCUCCAGGUCCUCCUCACAGGUUUAAUGUAGAAUUCAGUUUCAGAGUAGCACAUCUCUCACUUCACUUUAAACAAUUUGUGAAUUUAUAGACUUAACAUAAAUGUUGAUUUGGAGAAAUGACAUCAUAUAAAACAGAAGCAGGCCCGUCAGCCUGUUGAGUCCAUUCUAACCACCAAACAUCCAUUUACACUAAUCCUACACAAGUCCCAUUUUAUUCUUCCCACAUUCCCAUCAAUCUCCCAGAUUCUACUAUUCGGGACAACUUACAGUGGCUGUUUAAUCUACUACACUGCAGGUCUGAGAUGUGGGCGGAAACCAGAGCUCCUGGAGGAAAACCCACAUGGUUGCAGGGAACAUGUUUAAACCGCACAGGGACAGUGCCAGGGGUCAGACUCGAACCUAGCGCUGUGAGGCAGCAGCUCUUCUGGCCAUGUAACUAAGCCAGCCUAUUUGGAGAGCUUACAUCUCCUCAACUCCCUUAAAUUCAGCCGCAGCCUCUCAGGUUUUGUCACCUCUUUAACUCCAGGCUUUCCAUCUGGUGCCUGUCCUCCCCCGUUGUCCCAUUUCAUCUGCAGGCCAUGGGAACGAACACUCAGAUUUCUCCUGAUCAGCCAGUACAGCCUUGGCUAAGCACACUGGAGAGUUUCGUCACACUACCUGCCACCUUAAGCAGCACCACCCCGCCAGCCUAUCUCAACUUGCAUUUGUAUAGCACCUUUAAUGUAGUAACUCAGCACAUAAAAAGAAAACUUGGUAGUAAAUUAGCGAGAGGUUAGGGCACUAAGCAAUAGGGCACAUCAACGGGGCUUGUUUAAUGUGGUCCAUUUUGAGGAUGCAUACAAACAUUCUAAACAAUGACAGAAAGGCAGAGAUAUUUCAUAAAGCUAUAUAAUAAAUAAAAAUAUUCAAUGAAUUGAAAGAUGCAUACUUCCUAUCUAUAAUCCCGUAAGAACCCAUAACAGUUUAGAAGAAUUGGCAGUCAUAAUUCAAAACCAUAUUGGAUACAAGUUAGGACAUUACAAGUCACACACAGCUGGAAUUGCACACGUUGUAACCCUGUAGUGCACAUUUAGGGAAGUGAUGUGUGAUGAAUAUGUGCUGUUGACAAAUGUUGAUAUCACACCAUUCUGAAUAUUUCCCUUUUAGUCAAACGUGGCCAGUGUAGCUUCGCUGGCGCAAGCAGCAGCUCUCAUUUAAAACACUUUAAUUCUAUGCAAAGCUAAAUCAUCGGAACAUGAGGCUUUUGUUGAAGCUGAUUUUGGUGCUGCAUUGUGUUUGGCCCACCAUAUCCUGUCAAAUGAGAGGCUGCCCCUCCAGGGCAUUUGACUGUAGAAUUGGGUUGGGUACAACUUCAGAUUUGUGUUGCACCUUUAGAAUUAAUCUGUAGUGUAAACGUGCUCCAAAACUAUUAAAAUGCUCUGAUUUGGCAUCAUUUCAAUUGUGGUUCCUUGGAAGGUGAUUAAUAAACCCCUUUAGUAUCUGUAAGUAUUGGUAGGUUUUAUUUACUGGUGCCUUGUGAACAGAUAGUCAGAAAACAUUCCUGCUGCAGAAUUUUAAUUAUUUUUAAUGAGUGUUUGAUGGAUUAAUAAGCACAUUGUUAAGCCUACCCUCUCCCAUUCCUGGUUUUCUAUAAUGUUGAACAGAUAAUGACUAACAUUUAAUAACUUUUGAUUUGUUAGAAUCCAGAAACUGAAAUAUUGCAAACUAUUUCUAAGCAGUACAUUGGAAAUCUUAUAGAACUGAACUCCCCCUGUUGGCCAUUUAGUAGAUCAAAUAUUGUUUCAUACCUUUCUAAUGUCCACUGAAGGAGUUGAGAUCAAUUUGAUCACAACAUAACAAUUCAUGUAAUUUAUUUCAGUCUGAGUUUUGAAAAUGGUCUAAUCAUUUUUAAAUCUGUUAAUUUUUGUUCAGUCCUGCUAGUUGAAUCAGCAAUCUGGCCACUCCACAUCUUGUCACAUGUAAUCAUAGAGAAGAGUGUCAAGAAUGCUACUGCAGCAAAGAGUUAUUGUCUAGUUCCUUAUUGUGUCCAUUUAGAAUCUAUCUCCAUCCUAAGAUGUUUAUUGUGACAUCCAGUGACCUUAGAGUUUGAGAUCACAAGAAUAUCACUGAUUUUUUAUACCAUACUUUAGAAUGAGUAUUUUAAUUUCAUUUUGGAGUUUUAUUGAAUAAACCAAAUGGAACAUGUAGAGGAGAGGCAUAAUGCAACAAAACCAUUGUACACAUAAAGAGUACAAGCAAUGAGCAAAGAGCUAGCUCUUAGCAGCCCAAAGAUACCAGUAAAACAUAGAAUGAAUAAAUCACUGUUUCAACAACAAAAACAGAAGGUGUGGAGCUGUCUUGCAGGUUAGGCAGAGUGUAGACAUGGUUAAAGUUUCCGGCCCACGACCCUGUGUCAGAGCUGUUUCAUCAGUGAGAAGUGAAGUUAAAAUGCAUCUGAAAAAUAGCUGUUAGACCAGAAAUGACAAAGUUUUUGUUAUCUUCUGUCUGGCAAUGAUCUGAAGAGCAAAAGAUACAGAGGACUUCAAGAUGCAAUUGGAUGCAAUGCCAGGAGGGUUGAUGUAUUAGAGAGAUAAUCUUCACUGGGCUAAAUGGCUUUGCGUGCUCUUCUUGAGCUUUAAGUUCCUCGGCCCUAAUUGUUGUGUAAUAUCUGGAUGAAAUGCAGUAAUUGAAGCUAAUUAGGAUUCAGAAAACUUACUGGGGGCACGAGACUGCAGAUGCUGGAAUCUGGAGCAGAGAACAAACUUCUGGAGGAACUCUGGAUAUUGAGCAGUAUCUGUUUGGUGGGAGGGAGGAGGAAUCGUUGAUGUUUCAGAUCUCAAUGCAGGGAUCCUCCAGCAGUUUGUUUUAGAAAACUUACUGUUGUGUUUCAUGAGUUUCCCUUCUUUAUUCCAAAAUCCAAGCAAAGGAGCUUAGACACAAGGUGGCAUGUUGUGUGCAAUUCAUUGCCAAAGCAGAGAGGGGACAUUCCAUACUGUGUGUGCAUAGACUCUUAAACUGGGUAUGUGGAGAAAUAGAGAGAGAAUUUCAAAUUGCACUUUGGGCUAUCAGUAAAUCUUGUAAAUAAAACCACUAAAUCAAUCAGCAUAGUCCAAAAUACAUAGCUUUUAUACUGAAAAAUCCAAAGAAAUUGAGAACUGUUAUGCAUAUAUUGUAUACUUUGAAUUUUUCUGCCCAUUAUUAAUUUUUCCAGUUUUAAGUUUCAUAUAUUGCAUUUGACUGCUGCACAACCUUAUAAAUUAUACAACAAAAAAAUACAACGGGCAAGAUUUAAAAAAUGAUAAAAACACACAAGCAAAAUAGGGAGCAUGUGAAGAUUACAGGAUUUUAUUCUACACAAUUGGCAGCUUGGGAAUGUUUGGAGACUUGUAUUUAUAAUAAUGCGCUUUGGAAUAAGGGCUUUGGGACUCAGUGGAAACUGUUUCUGUCAGUUCUUGAAGCUCCUAAUUCUGCUUUAAUCAUUCUGAUGAGUGAAAUUCUUAAUUAGUUCUAUCUUUUGAUUUAAAGUGUUUUUUCAUUAUAAUAGUUGAUUUUGAUCAAUAUACUGUAAUGUUUUCCACCACAUUCAUUAGCAUUAUAUUUAAUCAUUUCAAAAGCAGAAUAUUGCUAUUAUAUUGGACUUUCUCCUGUUUUUCUUCUCUGUGGGGGCUUGCCACUCUCAUGUUUUUGACACAAACUCCCUAAUCUCCUCCCUACCUUCCCAAACCUCUCCUAAAAUGAUCCGGCAGGUUCAGCAGAACUGGGCACCCCAGCUUGUACAAAAAGCUGUAAUCUGCAUGGUCUCAUGGUUCCUUAUAACUUGAACCCACCACAUCAUCUACACUAAAACAGAACAGACAACAACAGAGCUGUUUUACUCUGUAAGAAUUAAAACUAUAAAGGCAAUUGUUUUAAAGCUGGAAACAGAAUCACAAGGAUGGCUGGAUUAAAGCUGACCUGUAUUGGCAGCCGUGUGGAUUUUCCUUAAACUUUUUGAGAUGCCGUGCAAAUAUACAGCAAAAAAAAUGGGAGAGUGUAUGGUAUCAUGUCUGGAGAUUGGAAUGAGGAAUGCAUGACCCUGGCAUUUCUGCUGACAGUACUGCUACCUUUUACAAUUCUGCAGAGGGAGAGGGUGGUCAGUCUCCGAUGUACAUGAGCCUGCCAGUCCUCUGUAUGAGAAUGAUUGUCAUCUUUUUCUGUCCACUAUCCAACAUUUAACCCAAGCUCUGUUGGGGGGAGAAAAACGCACCUUUUUGGCAUUUUACAUGGUCUGUGAUGUCAUUGUUCCUGAAUAAAUGCUGAAUAUGUUUGACAUUCCUUUUCCUUUCUUGUUUUAAAGUUAAUCUAGUGCUAAUGGGACAACAUGUCCUCUAAGGAUGUAAGAGACAGGAGUGAUGUAUGAAUGCAUAAAAUCUUUGUCCCCGAGAGUCUCAUUUCUCUUCAGUAGUCACACUUGCCCUCUCUGGCAUUGAUACCUGCAUAACAUUUCAAAUGCCUUCCUUGUUCACAUAUCACGCUGGUCAAAUAUAAAACAACAGAGUUCGGAAUUUGAAAUUAAAUAACUGGGCUUUAAAAGAUUUUUUUUCACCUUUUCAAAAUGCUAGAUUUUUGAGACAGUACCUCCCCUUUACUUUGCUUUCUCCAUGUCACUGGAGCUCAAGAACUGGAAAGGAAACCAGGUCCAGUAGAUUCCAAAGUCUUGUGUUUUCUUGCUGUGGCUGAAUGAUGUAUGCCUUACUGUUAUCAUCGUGUAAUGAUAUGCUGUACUGUAACAGAUGAUGGGUAUUUUCUCAGGUUCUAUCAUAGGGUGGGAUCCAAGGUUUGAAAUUUGCUCGAAAAAUUUUGAUGAGCAUCUCAUUAUCACCCUCUCUCCUAUCACCCCUCCCUAAAACUGCCCAUCAAAAUAACUCCUGUAGGACAAGAACUGUCUGCAACUAUAUUUAUUUUCUUAAUUUGGUUAUUCCAAUUACCAAACCUGCAUCUCAUCUUUUUAAAGAAAAUUGAUUUUAAAAAAAUUCUGUCAUAGAUCUUAAAGAAAUAUUCCUUGGGUGUAGCCUGAAAGUGUAAAGUUUUUUUUAUUUAAAUACUUUGAAUGUCUUUUUUUAAGUUUCUCCAAAAUUAGUAUGGAAAAUAAAAUCUGUAUUCUGUAUAUUGUGAUAACAUGAGUAUGAACUGUGUAAUUACUUUUUUGGAGUGCUUUUGGAUGUUACAUUCUCUCUCACACCAGUAACUUGUUUCAUGUUUCCAAUUGGUAGAAUUGUUCAGCAAAAUUUGCAUGGAUUUGAGUUCAAUUAUGAGCACCCCGUGAUUAAAAAGUUUUGUUCUUCU